AUGGCGUCCGGCGGCUGGUGCUGGCUGCGCGGCCUUUGGGCCGCGGGGCAGCCCCUGUUCCAAGGCCGUGCGUUGCUCGUCACCAACACUCUGGGCUGCGGCACUCUCAUGGCGGCCGGGGAUGGAGCGCGCCAGUCCUGGGAGAUCCGCGCCCGGCCCGGCCAGAAGUUUGACACGCGGCGCUCAGCGAGCAUGUUUGCUGUGGGCUGCAGCAUGGGCCCUUUCCUGCACUACUGGUACCUCUGGCUGGACCGCCUGCUCCCUGCAUCUGGCUUCCGUGGCCUCCCAAACGUCCUCAGGAAGGUCCUCGUCGACCAACUGGUGGCCUCUCCCAUGCUGGGCGUCUGGUACUUCUUGGGCCUUGGCUGCCUGGAGGGCCAGACCCUGGGCGAGAGCUGCCAGGAGCUGCGGGACAAGUUCUGGGAAUUCUACAAGACUGACUGGUGUGUGUGGCCUGCUGCGCAGCUGGUGAAUUUCCUCUUCGUGCCCCCCCAGUUCCGAGUCACCUACAUCAACGGCCUGACGCUGGGCUGGGACACAUACCUCUCCUAUCUGAAAUACCGGAUCCCAGGCCCCCCAGCGCCCCCAGGCUGUGUGGCCCUGGGCACUGUGCAGACUGAGCUGCCCCACACUGCCACCACAUGCCAGCCAGGGCAAGACUGACCCUCAGCUGACCUGGGCAGGAAGGGGAACGGACUGCUGGGCCCAGUCCUAGGCCCACCCUGAUUCCUAGGCAUCCGGUUGGGCUGCCCCUUCCAAGCCCACUGCCGGGCCUCUGUUUCUCCAUCUGGAACACAACCAUGAAGAUGGACCGUCAUCCCCCAACCCUUCUGGGAGAGCCUCAAGUGACUGGUGACAGAUGUUCCACCCUCAGCACUGGGCCUCAGCCAGCCAGCUAGUACCAAGCCCUCAACACUCCUGCGGGCUGGACUCUGGGACCAAGGUGGGGACAUCGCCCAUACACUUGGAGCAGGGCCCCCAGAAUUUGGAGCCUUGGGUGGGGUGUGUAGCCUCCAGUCUCAUCGUCUGUUCGUGGACUAUGGAAGUACAGAGAAUUAAAUUCUCUUUGUAAUUGAAAA